CUGCGGGGCCAUGGGCGCGGGUUAUAAGCAGCUGCCGCGCUGCCAGCCAGCACCGCACCAAGCACCCUGGUCGGGACGCCCCACCAUGCAGCGCCGCGGGCCCCCCUCAGUGCUGCUGUUGCUGCCGCUGGCCCUGCUGCUGGCGCUGCUGCUGGGGGCGGCCACCGCUGCUCCCUUGGCACCAAGACCCUCCAAGGAAGAGCUGACCCGCUGUCUGGCCGAGGUGGUCACGGAAGUGCUGACACUGGGCCAGGCCCAGAGAAGCCCCUGCACAGCUCUCCUCCACAAAGAGAUGUGUGAGACAGAGCCCUAUGGCUGUGCGUCCACCAAAGAGAAAGGCCUACUGGUUCAAGAGGCUGGGAAGACGAGGCCCAGCCAGGAAGUGAGGGAAGAGGAAGAGGAAGCAGCGGAGAGGGCCCACAAGUCUGAGGUGCGGCAACAGACCAUCCAGGAGCAGCUCCACAGCCGGCUCCGCCAGGAGGAGGACAACGAGGAGGAGGAGGAGGAGAAAAGGAAGAGCAGGCCCAUGGAACCCUUUGAAGGCCUGUGGAAGCGGCGCCUAGACGGUGGAGGGGGGCCCCAGAAGCGAGGGGCAGAGCAGGCCAGUGAGGAGGAGACAGCCCAGUUCGAGGCGGAGGAGAAGGGCAUGCAGGUGCUCAGCGGGGGCCACAGCCUGUGGCAGGGGGGCGGAGAAGAGGGGCACGAGUACUCACCGCACCACCGCCACCACCAGCAGUCAGAAGCUGAGCCCAAGCAGGAGGAGAAGAAAGAGGCUUCGGAGAGGAAGGAGCACGACAUGGAGCGGCUGGAGCACGUGAGAGAGGAGCUAAAGAAGGCAACGGAGAUGCUGGGGGAGAUCAGGAGGGAGUGAUGACCCCCAACCUCAUGUCCUCCUUCCCGACACACCCUAUGGCUGAGGACCGUGGACCCCCAAAGCUCACCUAACAGCCCACUCCAUUCCCCAACCUGCAGGAACGGGGAGAAGGGUGGGCCAUGUGACUGGGCCCAAGGGGCUGAGUGAGCUGGGUAGAGGGGCUGGGCUCACACUGACUCAGGACACACCCGGCCUCCCACGUCACCCACUCCAACCCUUUGGUGUGAAUAAAGCACAGAGAA